CUGAAAUCUGUUGAUUUUCAAAGGCAGAAACUUUAUUGAGACACCAUCUAACGCGAACAUGAAGUGGCUACUGCUACUCUGCCUGUGUGUCUAUGCUGUCCGUUGUCAAGACGACUAUGACGAAUAUGACACGGGUGAUACGACUGAUCCCAAAACAGUGGUGGACCCUCGCGGCCACCGACCCUUGUCCAAGGGGCGUGAGACCUACUCCCCCGCCCGCUACAACCCCGCUCCCAUCAGUGGUGGUGGCCGUUACCGGGGGCGACCCACGGCGGCUCCCGCCAGAGGCACAGAGCAGGAGAAGGAAGAGCAACCGGAGGCUGGGGGAUGUACACAUGCCUCUGAACAGAUGGGGGUGCUGUGUCCUACAGGCUGUGAGCUGAAGACGGCCACACUGAAACAAGAGAGGAACGUAAAAGAGGAAGUCAGGAGGAUGCAGAAGGAUGUUGACGACCUGUCGAGAUCCUCUAACACCAUCUAUAACUACGUAGAUGGGAUGUCCGACGCGCUGAGAGAGAGACAGCUGGUUAGCAACGAGAAUGGUGACCUGGUGAGUCAGUAUACAGAUGACUUGGAGACCCAGCAUGUUUAUGCAAAGGAGGCAAUAGACACCGUGUUCCCAUCUAACAUCAGGAUCCUGCAGGGAGUCCUGGAGAAGAUCCGGUUGAAGAUCCAGAGAGUGGAGAAGGCCAUCCUGGCCCAGAGAGACGAAUGCAGGGAGCAGUGCACCGUCUCCUGCCCCAUACCUGUUGUCUCUGGUAAGGAGUGUGAGGACAUCUACAGGAAAGGAGGAAGGGAUUCUGGGAUGUAUCUGGUCCAGCCUGACUCCUUCUACCAGCCCUACAAGGUCUACUGUGACCAGACCACCCAGAAUGGAGGCUGGACCACUAUUCAGAACAGGAUGGAUGGUUCUGUAGAUUUCGGCCGGCGUUGGGACAACUACCGCAGCGGUUUCGGGAAUAUCGCCUUCGACGUCGGGAAGGGACACUGCAACACUCCAGGGGAGUACUGGCUGGGUAACGAACGCAUCAGUCAGCUGACCAAGCAGGGUCCCACUGAGGUCCUCAUGGAGAUGGAGGAUUGGUCUGGCAACAAGGUCCACGCCCAGUACAAACAGUUUACUAUACAGAGCGAGGCGUCCAGAUAUGUGAUGGCGAUCAACGGGUACUCUGGUACGGCCGGUAACGUGAUGCUGGAGGGAGCCACGGAGCUGUCUGGAGAGAACCGGACCAUGACCAUCCACAACGGAAUGAUGUUCAGCACCUACGACAGAGACAAUGAUAACUGGACUCCAGGUGACCCGUCCAAGCAGUGCUCCCGUGAGGACGGCGGUGGCUGGUGGUACAACAGGUGUCACUCAGCCAAUCCCAAUGGCCGUUACUACUGGGGCGGGGCUUACACCCGGUACAUGGCAAAACACGGGACGGAUGACGGCAUGGUGUGGAUGAACUGGAAGGGAUCCUGGUACUCUCUCAAAGCCAUCUGCAUGAAGAUCAGGCCCUACUUCGCCUCGCGGUAGACACACACAGGGACACACACACAGGGACACACACACACAGAGACACACACACACAGGGACA